AUGACGACUCCGUUCCCUUUCUUCCGUCUUCCAAGGCUGGCACUGAUUCCAGUUUUCCAACAAAUGGAAUCAAUAGAUGUAAUCGCAUUUUCGCUACUUUCCAAAAAGGCCCGAAAUGUAUCGAAAAUCUUUUGCAAGUUUUCUUCCCGUAACGUUCAGUUGACAGUAAAGAGCGAUCAUCUUUACAUCUGUGUUGCGUUUGAAAUGUGGAGACAAAUGGGACUCAAAUAUUAUUUCAACACAGAGAAUAUUCCGAAUUUGGUCAAUGCGAUGUCUCAAAAAAGAACGUUCACUCGCGAAAAUAGCGGACUGACAGCAUCACAAUGGGUGGAGCUUGUACUGGAUGUGACGAAUUGUGAAUCGAUUGGUCAAAUGGAUCUCAAGGGAUGUCAACAAUUUGAUGUGUGCGACACUUUUGCUACACUACAAAAUAUCGGGAAAUUAUACAUUUUCAAUGAGUGUAUCAACGUUUUUGCAAAGAAAACGCUGGAAAUCCUCUCACCAGUUACCACGCAAAUUAUACUGUUCAAAAUUCCGUUUGAAACCCGAGAAGAAUUUCAGACAUUUCUGAAAAGCAAUUUGAACUAUUUGGAUAUCCAUACCAGCACAUUCCCGACGUUCAAGUUCGCUCUUGAAGAUCUUAUGGUCACGAAUGCGCUGAAAUUAAACCUCAAUGACGGGAAGUUGAAUCUUAAAGAAAUCAAUCAAUUUUUCAAAAAUUGGAUGGAAAAUAAAUGUGAUCCAAGACUGGAGCACUUAGAACUGUCUACAUCCGAAGAUGUUGAUGAAAAGAAUCUUCUGGAAGGAUUGAAAACGGUUCCUUUUUCAAGAGACCGAAAAAGAGCAUUCCAUUACUCAAAACCACUGGACUCUUCAUCACAAUCAUUUUCUGGAGGAUAUGAUAUAAGGAGAACGGAUCGAAAGAAGGCCACAAUCACAUCUGGAGACGUUUGGGGGGAAACGUUCAUCAGUUUCUACGCUUGGCCAUGA